AAGCAUAUUCUUGAAAGAGAAAAGGAAAAAAAAAAAAAGGGACAGCGUACUAAGCCAAAAAACAUGCUAUAUAACUCUAGUCAGAAUCAGAAUCAAGAAAUCCCCAAAGCACAAGAAAUGAUAAGAAAAUACCAUUCCCCAAUCCUCUCACCGAACCAGUGUGGAUCAAACCUGCUUCAAACCAUAGACGCCCCACUACCUGUUGUUUGGUCUGUUAUCCGCCAAUUUGAAAACCCACAGAUCUACAAAAGAUUCAUAAAGAGUUGCACAGUUCUAGCAGGCAGCGGUGGCAUAGGAAGUGUGCGUGAGGUGAAAAUAGUCUCCGGUUUACCAGCCAAAAGUAGCAUGGAGAGGUUAGAUAAUCUUGAUGAUGAUUUAUAUGUAAUGAUCAUCAGUAACGUUGGAGGCGAUCAUAGGCUUGUUAAUUAUAAGUCUACAACAACUUUGCAUGAAGUAGAAGAGGAAAAGGGAACCAAGACUAUUGUAAUCGAGUCUUAUGUAGUGGAUAUACCUUCUGAUAGUUGUAAGGAAGAUACCUGCUUGUUUGCUGAUACUAUAAUUGGAUGCAACCUUAGGUCAUUGGCUAAUGUUACUGAGAAGAUGGCUACUCGCUAGUCAGAUUAAUGGGUUUGCUAAGAUGAUUAAGCUUGUACGUGUUUGAAUUGCUCUCUUUUUCUUCUUUUUUUUUCGUUAUCCCAGCAGUGGGCAUUUAACGUUAGUUUCGUUGAGAGUUUUAUUUUUACUAAUCGGGUUCAAUUAGUAUUUCAGUUAUUUACUCUCAAGUUGUUGGUUCCAACUAAAAUGUAUUAGUAAAAGAAAGAAAGAGUGUUUUCUGUUUUU